CAACAAGUCUUAAAUGUGUCUCUCUGUAAUGUAAUAUCCCAGUUCGUUCUUGAUAUUCAAUAACAAUGGAGUUGUUAACCCCUUCUACUCCUCCUCUUACCCCUACUUCAAAUUCUAUUUCUGGGUUUUCUUCUAUGGCCACUUAUCGACAUGGGUUUUACAGAACUUGCCAAAUCAUCACUCCUCAAACGAGAGAAAUCGUAGAAGAACAAAAUGAACCUAAAGUGUAUAUAGCAGUUGGAAAAUCUGUGAAUAAAAAUGUUGCUUUGGUUCAAUGGGCUUGUAAAACAUUUGGGAACUCAGAAAUUUGUAUUUUUCAUGUUCUUGAACCUUCUCCUUAUAUACCCACUUUGUUAGGAAGAUUGCCGGCUACUCAAGCUAAUGCGGAAGUGGUAUCUGCAUUUCGAAAUGCGGAGAGAGAAGAGGCUAGGAAACUUCUAUCUCGUUAUUUGAGCAUAUGCUGCAAAUCAAAGGUUAAAGCAAGUGUUGCUAUAGUUGAAGCACAUUUUGUCCUUAAAGGAAUUCUUGAUUUUGUGAACAAACAUAACAUCAGGAAGCUUAUAAUUGGGGCUAUACCAGAUUGUGUGAAGGUCAAGAAAAGCUCCCAGAAAGCAAGUUAUGCUGCUGCAAAUUUCCCUUCAUUCUGUGAAAUAUUCUUUGUCUACAAAGGGAAACUAGUCUGGACUAGACAGCCUCCUGAUUGCUCAAGCUUCAUUGGACCUAUUUCUGCUAAUACUCGAGCAGUGAUAGCUGAUGCAUGCGGUUUAAGAUCUCGGUCUCUAAAGUCCUGCAAGAGGGAGGUUAUCCUCUCGCCAGAACGUGCUCGGUCAAGCUCGUCUAGGGACCUACUGUCAUCUGGAAUCAAAAGUUUAAUAUUUGAGGAGGGUAUUUCAUCAGAUACUAGUUUAUGGCCCAAGAACUUUUCUUCUACUAGCAGAAACAAUCCAACCAGUUUCCCUAGUUUAUCUAUUUCAACAAGCCCUAGCACUGAUAGCAGUUGUGCUUCUUCUGGUGAACAAAUGGAGUCCCCUGAUGUCGAGAUGGAAAGUUUAUACAAACAGCUUGAAGAAGUCAGCAUAGAAUAUGAAUCAUCAAGGAAUGUAGCUAUUGCAGAGAUGCUUAAGCGCAAAAAACUGGAAGCGGAAGCUGUGGAAGCCAUGAGAAAGGUAAAAGCAUUUGAAUCUGCUCGUGCGCAUGAAGUUAAACUGAGGAAGGAAGCUGAGGAUGCUUUGAAAAAUUUAUUGCUGGAAAAAGAAAAACUCUUGAAGGAGAGAGAGGAGAAAACUAGUGAGCUGCGCAAGGCCAUGAGAAAUAUAGCCCUCCUAGAUAGUCGUGCACAGGAGGCCAAUCAGCGGUGUGAAGAGAUUGCUGAAGAAUUGACGUUUAUUCAUUCCUCCAUAGCAACUCUCCGGCAGGAGAAGCGCAAACUUAUGCAGCAAAAUACUGAAGCCAUGAACUGGAUUAAUCGGUGGAAGAAUCGCAGAAAAGAUGGAGGACUAAGUGCAAGUGGCGAGUGCUCUGCAUCACCUGAGUUGUUGGAAUUUUCACUGUCCGAUUUGCAGACAGCAACAUGCAACUUUUCUGAGAGCUUUAGGAUUGGUCAAGGAGGAUAUGCUGAUGUGUUCAAAGGAGAACUGUCAGAUAAAACAGUUGUUAUUAAGCAAUUGCAUCCACAUAAUAUGCAACAGCAGUCACAGUUUUUUGAACAGGUGGAAAUUCUAGCUAAGUUACGGCAUCCUCAACUGGUCACUUUACUUGGUGUAUGUCCAGAAGCCUGGUGCCUUGUUUAUGAAUAUAUACCUGGUCGGAGCGUCCAAGACCGCCUAUUUUGCAAAAAUAACGUUAGUCCCAUGAAUUGGAAGAUGCGAGCACGAAUUAUUGCUGAAAUUGCAAGUGCUCUUCUGUUUUUGCACUCUUCCUACCCUGAACAGAUUGUACAUGGGGAUCUGAGGCCUGAGAAUAUGCUCCUUGAUUCAACAGACAGCUGUAAAAUAUGUGAUACCGGGAUAUCUAGCCUGAUUCCUCAGCAAACCCUGCGUUGCCCAAGUUUUGGUCGUCAGAGUGAACCAAAGGGUCUCUUUUCCUACACUGAUCCUGAAUUUCAUAUAACCGGAGCACUGACAACUAAGUCGGACAUUUACUCAUUUGGACUAAUUAUCCUUCAAAUACUCACUGGAAGAACUCUAGCAGGAUUACUGAGUGAAGUACGCAGGGCAGUCUCGUGUGCAGAAUUAGAGUCUCUUUUGGAUUCAUCUGCUGGAGAAUGGUCUACAUUUGUGUCAAGGAGAUUAGCAGAACUGGCUUUGCAAUGCUGUGAAGUUAACAGUAGGGAUAGGCCUGAGCUGACACCGACUCUUGUGAUGGAGCUAGAGAACUUGCAUGCACUGGAAGAGCAAUCAGUGCCAUCUUUUUUCUUAUGUCCAAUUCGCCAGGACAUAAUGCUUGACCCUCAGAUCGCUGCAGACGGGUUCACAUAUGAAGGAGAGGCCAUUCAAGGAUGGCUGGAAAGUGGUCAUGAUACUUCUCCAAUGACCAAUUUGAAACUAAGCCAUUUGGAGCUAACUCCUAAUCAUUCCUUGCGACUUGCUAUCCAGGAUUGGCUAUGCAACUUAGAAUUCCUCACAUAGUAAUAACAUAGACUAUUGUAAAUCCAAAUGUAUGUAUUCUAGGAGCCUAGGAUACAAAGGUAACAUAGAAGUAUAGACAGUGACCGCAUAUCGUAGAUCUCUAAUGCAACAAAAUGGAAAGACAUAUUGUUGACAACAGUCUAGAGAACAUUGAAAUUGUCUCAGAAGCACUGUAGUAGUUAUUAUGAAAUAUAUAUAGACUGAUAUUAUGUACUCUAUAACUUAAGAGUUGUUUCAUUUGCCA